AUGGACCUGAAAACAAGACUGCGCAAGGCCUGCGAUGCCUGUAGUAUUCGGAAAGUGAAGUGUGACACUGGUGGGCCGCCUUGUCGGUCGUGCGCUAGCUUGGAUAUUCCCUGCACCUAUGAAAGACCAAGCAGACGCCGCGGGCCUCCUAACCGCCAUGCGGAGUCAUUUAAGAAACAAAAGCGGGAACCGGAAGAUGCAGCGUCGCUGAGCCCGGCAGACUAUCCGUCGGCGACGACGACUCCCCUAGCAACGCCAUUUAUCAGCCCUCAAUCUACAUCGUUACCUCUUUCGGCGGAGUCAAUAUGCUCUUUGCACACGAUGCAGAUGUUGCUCGAUGACUUUUUUACUUAUAUCCAUCCUUUGGUCCCAAUUCCACAUGAACCUUCUUUUCGAGCAGCCUUUGAGCGCCGGGAAGAUGUAACCAACCACACUUUUUUGGCGCUUCUAGCGUCAAUGAUUGGACUGCUAGUGGCUUCCUUUCCUCGACGACCUAAACUCCGACUGAACACUGAAGCCGAACGCACAGCUUUCCCCAAUUCUAUAGCUCUAGUAAAGCGAUGCCUUGACGUUGCCAUCCAAGCUCGCGGGGCCGGAUAUCUUGAUCGCAACGCCACAGUCUACGAUGCAGCGAUCAGCUAUUUUCUCGCUAUAUGUGCCGGCUAUAUUUACAACAUGCGCCGGUGCCGUGUGUAUCUGUCGGAAUGCCGAGCCAUGCUUCAAGUGUAUGAUUUAUGCCGGUCUCCGACUACCACCGACCGCCCGUCCUCGACAUUAGGACCACACAGCCCGCUGUCACCAACCUCAGCAAUGGCGCAAGAACAACCAGCACAUAAUUUUACGGAAAGCCAAGGUGUCGACCUCAUCACUCAAGAGCUCGGCCGGCGUCUGUUCUAUGUCACCUUUGUCGGAUACCAGACAUUAUACCAGAUGGGCUCUUCGGAUAUCAAGGUUCUUGCUCCUCCAGGGAUGUCAACGGACCGCUAUCCACCCCUCCCGCUGGAGAUCGACGAUGAAUUUCUAUUCUCAACACACGUUGAGCCCCAGCCAUCCGACCGAGUUUCACAGCUAGUCGGAUUCAAUGCAAAUGUCCGCAUCUUCAGUUCAUAUACCACCCUGCUAGCUUGGGAAAUAGCGUUCGGCAGCGGUCAAAUCUUUGAUUGGGAGCACCAGCGCAACUGCAUUUGGGACUGUCUCAAGAAAGCAAAGUCUGCACUAAUCGAAGUUCCCGCUGAGUUGUCCCUCCACCAUGCGAAACACAUAUCCCCGACGGGUUUGUCAGGUCUUGGCGGAGAUGAUACAAUCUUCAGCUACUCAAAUGAUCGUAUCCAUCAAGAACGACGUGCUAUACAAUAUGAGAUACAGAAAGCCAAUAUAUACGCUAGUCAGCUAUGCACCAGGUCCUGCCUGGUUGAGAAGUACUGGAGCCUUUUCGAGACUUUUUCAAAGUACGGAAAAUCACCAAGAUUCACGACCCCGGGCAGCACCACACCACAUAUCAAUAUCGAAGGAAGACCCAAUCCGGUACCGAGUGCGAGUGCGACUCCCACUGGUACAGCUCCGUCAGAAACCGACACCCAAGCUCAACCCCAUGCACAAACAGACUAUAUUGGCCGCAUGAUGGCCGAAGAGCGCAAACUGGUCAUCAAAGAUCUCUUCGUGCUACUACGAACAGUGAAUGAAGUGAACAUGGAGCCGAAUGGCGCAAGCAUUACCAAUAAAAUCCGACAAGUAGCCUCCACCCUCCUCAGCCUCUCCCGCCGGCCAAAUGAAUCCAAUACCGAAAUCCCAGACCUCACAACCGCUGCCGCACCAUUACCAUCACCAACAACCGCGCCGCCAGGCCUUCACAUUCUCACCGCUUCAGAGGCGGAGUCCUACUUGCACGCAUUCAUCGAAGUGCUUGUGCGACUGGAAUGCCAUUCUCCCAUGGGUGAUGCAGCCAGUCCUGCAGACGGCGUCAGUCCGCAGAUGAACGGCCGCGCUAUGAGCUAUCUAUGUGAUUAUGAGCGCGAUCAAGAAGAAUUGAGCCAAUGGGCGAGCUUGAAGGAGUAUCAGCAGAAGUUUGCGGAAGCUGGUGGUGUGUUGUAUCAGUUGUAG